AUGGCCGGCGCGACGGAGCAGCCCAAGCCGCGCAUCAAGAAGCUGACGGCCGAGAAGCUGCAGCAGUUCCGCGACGAGAUCGUCAAGGGCAAUGGGCAGCAGGCGGACCUGACGUCGCGCGGCAUCGAGACCAUCGUGAGCCUCGAGGGGCUGCAGCAGGCCACCAAGCUGGACCUGAGCCACAACAAGCUCACCAAGCUCUCGCAGCUCAAGUCCGUACCGCGCGUGACGAUGCUCAAGCUCACGGACAACAAGCUGAACGGCGACGGCCUGGCCGAGAUCCAGCACCUCAAGAAGCUCGUGAUCCUCAACGCCGCCGAGAACAGCGUCACGCGCAUCCCGUUCGAGGUGCUGCGCAACGUGCGCACGCUCAAGGCGCUGGUGCUCAACAACAACUCCAUCUCGGCGCUGGACUGGAUGCCCAAGCUGCCGGAGCUCAACUCGCUGAUUGUGAGCAACAACCGCAUCACGCAGAUCCCGCAGCGCGUGCUGGACGGACUGCCGAGUUUGAAGAAGAUCUCCAUCUCGCACAACUUGCUGGAGGAAAUCCCCAACUUGAGUCAGUUGUCGGAGAUCACGGAGCUUCGGCUUUCCCACAACAAGAUUAAGAAGAUCCCGGCGCAUCUGGCCCAACUGAAGAAUCUGAAGGUGCUGGAGUUGAGUCACAACCAGAUCGACGACUGGUCCGGUCUCGAGGCGCUGAGCUCUCUUGAAAACCUGCGGCAGCUGAAUCUGAUUGGCAACCCCAUCGUCGGAAAGAAGCUGGAGGUUACUGCCAAGGCUGCCUUGGAUGACGACAGCGACAGUGAAGGCAGCGAUGACGAAGAUGAAGCCAGCGGAAGUGAAAGCGACGACGACAAGAAGAAAAAGAAGAAGCGCAAGUCCUCCAAGAAGAAGAAGGCCAUCUCCGAUGAGGAAAAGCAGCAGAUCAAGGAGGCCAAGAAGCUCGACGCCAAGCACAAGCAGUACAACUUCAAGAUGAAGCGUUUGUUCCCGAACCUGGUUGUGCGUGACGCCGUGCGUGUGUUGGACAAGCGUGUUCACGGUUACGUCGCGCCGCCGAAGGAAGAGAAGAAGCCGAAGCAGAAAAAGCCGGAGCCGUCCGACAAAAAGAAAGCGAAGGCCGCGACGGGUAAGCGCAAGCGUGAGGACUCCAAGAAGCCGAAGGGUGAGAAGGAGGUUCCUGCUGUUGUCAGCACUGACGACGCCGAUAAGGCCGCCAAGAAGGAGAAGAAGGCUCACAAGAAGCACAAAAGCGACAAGCAUGAUGCCGAGGCCCCAGCCAAGGAGGCUGAGACCUCUGCGCCCGAGAAGAAGUCCAAGCACCACAAAAAGCAGGCCCCAUCCGACGAGUCUACGCCUAUGGAGGUCGAUCAGACAGAGACUGCGGCCAAGUCAGACAAGAAGGACGCCGCAAAGGCAGACAAGAAGGCUUCCAAGGACAAGAAGCGGAAGGAGCCGAAGCAAGACAAGAAGAAGGAGCAGCGACAGCCCAAGGAGAUCGCGAGCGGUGUGGUGGCCGUGAAGCAGUUCAAGAAGGGCAAGAAGGCCAAGAGCGCGAAGGCCAAGCCCGUGGACCUGACGCAGCUCAACUUCACGCCGGACGUGGGCUUCGGUGGCUCGUCCGCAUGGGACUAACCUCUGUAGCCAUUUCCUCUUCAACUUGCCUUUAUGUGCAACACACCAAAUAGACUUUCUGGUGGUCUU